ACAACUACUACUGUCGAGUAUCGAUUGCGAGUUGCAUUCGAUAGUAUACAACGAAUGGUUGAUACUGAAGACGUUUGAAAAAUAAAUUUUUAAUAUCUUGAAUAACAAACGUUUUAUAAGAUACGACGACAGUUCGUUAUUUGUUAUCGAGAGUGAUACUUAAUUCGCAUGCUUGUAAAUCGGUUUCUUUACAUUCGUUCGGUACUUAAUCGGAGUUAACCUAUUUAUCAGUAACAAAAAGUAACAAUAAAAAUAAUCAGGGAUAAUUUGAGUGAAGAAGAAAAUACGUGUUUACGAAAAUGGCGUUAAGCAGGGAAAGACGUUCCAAUGCUGGGAAUAAAAUGGCAAAGUUGCUGAACGAGGAAGAGGAGGAUGAUUUUUAUAAAACUACUUACGGUGGUUUCGAUGAAGCUGAACAAGAUAAUGAUUACAUGGAAGAAGAUGAAGGAGAAGAUGAAGUGGAUUCAGAUUUUAGUAUAGAUGAAAACGAUGAGCCUAUCUCGGAUACAGAACAGGAGGGACCUAAAAAGAAGCGUAGAUUAGUAACGAAAGCAUAUAAAGAACCUAAGGUUCAGUCACAGUUACCACAGAAAGAAAAGAAAGUGAGACAACCGAAGCAGCAUAAAACAUUCAUAGAAAGUAUAGAAAGGAAAUCUAUACGUCGUUCCACUGCUGCAAAGUCGGCUGCUACACAGAAACGUUUGCGCGAAAGGAAUGAAGAUCAAAAGAGAAAAACCAGAGUCAUUAGACACGAUACUUGGAAACCAACUCAAGAAGAAUUAUUAGAGGAAGCAUUACAGACUGAACAAGUCAAUAUGAAAUCGUUAGAAAAAUAUCAAAAAUUAGAAAAUGAAAAGAAAAAUACUAGGACAGUAAGAAAAGCACAGACUGGACCCAUGAUUAGGUAUCAGUCGUUAUCAAUGCCGGUUAUGGUACUUUCCGAAGAGAACUUUGACAAAGAAGAUAAUAAAAUUAAUAUUGAAGAAGACGACGAGAAGAGUGUAAACGUGAACUCUGAAAACAAAAGCGUGCAAGGAGUAGGGAAUAGUAAUGUGACUAUAAAAAUAGAACACGACGCAAAGGACGCGAAUAAAAAAGAGUCUUCCUCGAAAUAUAGCUACGAAGAAACAAAAGGAUUUUAUGAGAGAACAUUUAUAACUUUCGAAAAUGAGAAACUAUUUUUAAAUGCAUUCAAAAAACCUACUACUCGUAUGCCAGUGGUAAAGGCUUUAUGUGCGAUUACAAGGUUGCCUGCGAAGUAUCUGGAUCCUAUGACUCAGCUACCAUACAAAAACGUGCAGACAUUUCGAUUAUUACGUGAAGCGUAUUAUCAACAAUUAGAGGCCCGUACAGACAUUAAUGACAGAACGCAAAGCGCGGAACUGUUACGGUGGCUCGAAUGGAGACAGAAAAAUCAGGGAACUGCUCAGAGGAGCAUGAUACGUCUCGAAACAGCCUCCACUCCCAUGCAUUCAUAACGCGAAACCUAUGGAAUAGAAGCAUGAGAGAACUUAAGAUUAAGUAUAUCCGACCGAUUUGUAAAUAAUUGUAUAAUUUAUUCGCGUUUGAUUACAUCUUUUGUAAAAAGUUACAAUACAACAUUUAUUUGUACAUAAGAUCGAACUAUCAUCAUCUGAAGCUAAUAAAUGCAAUAUAUAUAUCGGGUCAUUCAAAGAAGUCCAAAUAACUUGUUUCGAUUAGAAAAUAGAAGUGAAUGUACUUUUAAAUAUUUUAUUGCCUUUCAUAUGAAAAUAAUCGACGUCAUUAAUAAAUAAGUCUUUUAUCAAGAACGAACAAUUAUAUUUAAAUAGUAAAACAAAAACGUGCCGUCCGAAGCAUCGUCGACUACUCCAUAAGAUCCAUUUAGAUUACCACACGUGCGUAGAUAUGUGUUUAAAGCAAAAGGUAUUUUAUUAAUAAAA